AGUGUGUAUGCUUUGCCUACCAUUGCAUUUGCAUUUGUAUGCCAUCCAUCAGUCCUUCCAAUCUACAGUGAACUUAAAGAUCCUUCCCAGAAAAGAAUGCAGAUGGUUACAAAAAUCUCUUUCUUUGCCAUGUUUGUCAUGUACUUUUUAACUGCUAUUUUUGGCUAUUUGACAUUUUAUGAAUCUGUACAAUCAGAUUUGCUUCACAAAUACCAGAAUAAAGAUGACAUCCUUGUCUUAACUGUUCGUGUUGCCGUCAUUAUUGCAGUCAUACUUACAGUCCCUGUGUUAUUUUUCACUGUUCGUUCAUCUAUAUUUCAGCUUGCUAGAAAAAACAAAUUUCAUUUAUGCCAACAUAUUGUGGUUACAUUGGUCCUUUUGAUGAUCAUUAACCUGCUGGUUAUUUUUAUACCUUCCAUGAAGGAUAUUUUUGGAGUUGUAGGAACAACAUCUGCCAAUAUGUUGAUUUUUAUUCUUCCAUCUUCACUCUAUUUGAAAAUCACCCAUCAAGAUGGUUCAAAACUGAUUCAGAGAAUUUGGGCUUCCCUCUUUUUGGCAUUAGGAAUUUUAUUUUCCAUGGUGAGCAUUCCACUUGUCAUCUAUGAUUGGGUGCAUUAAGACAUGCCACUGAAGGUUAGUGAGAUACCAAGAAGAACACUUGCUGUUCAAAAAACCAUCGGUCACCUAUAUUGCCAGUAUGUCCUACUCAUCAGAAAUAUCCUUUAUGAAACAAACAAACAAGAAUUAAUCAUCACUGCAUAUUUUCCACAGGAGAUAGUUAAUUUGUAAUUUUUGCAUCAGUAUUAUUACAGAGGUCAAAACAAUUUCACAGAUCCCAUUGGUCAUAGGUCUUCCUGUUGCAGUAAAUGGUAAUGAAAUACCUGAAAAAUAUCUUCUACUGCUUCAUACAUUGCACAGGAAUAUUUCUUCUGAUUUUCAGCUAAAAUCCAUUAGCUAUUAUCCUGAUCAAAGUAGAUCACAUUGGUGCAGUAAUGUGGUUAACAAUUAGAUAGAUAACUAGUAUUUGGUCACAUAUAGACUCAAUGGAGUCUUUUGAU